AUGCCCAAGCUCAAAAAUGUACUUCCAAACACAUACGUGCCGGUUCUUUCGAAAAAAAUACUUGCAUCCGUGAUUUCUCGGCUCCCUAAAUCCAGCAUUGUGGCACUUUUACUGCUAUGGCCUCAACUUAAGAACACACAACCUCAACUACCCAAAGACGCCAGUGUAUCCCAGAAGGAAUACAGUCGUCAGAUUCGACAACAGGCCAAAAAUAUGAAACAGCAAAAGAUCAAAAAAGCUCAGGUCAUCGACAAGAUCUUGUAUGAAUUCUGGGCAGAAGGCUUGAAUCUUCUCCAAUUGGCUCAGAUCGACUGUCAGCUUAUAGUAGACAACCCAAAUGCCUAUUUCUGGGUACUGUCUACUGUCAAAGAUGCAUGGGAUAAGGAUGUUCCCAUCUCAUUGGAUCCUUCAUUGUUUUUGAACCUGAUGGCCCAGCAGCUCAGUGACAUAUUUAUGUGCUACAUUUAUGUGUGUACGCAUCCAGAAAUGCCACUAGUGAUUAUACGCAUCCAGGUUUUUGACCUUCUUCCUGCCCAUCUGGCUGGCAGAAGUCGGUCCAAGGCCGACAGGCCUCACAUAACUUCGCAUAAGCCGUACUUUUUGGCCAUCCCCAUGAAUUCUCCACAUGUCAUUCAUUCGCCUGGCAACGAUGUGGUUUCUGAAGUUGUUUUGCAAGUAGUGGAAUCAAGUCUCCCGCGUGAUUCCCGCAAUUUUCUUCGGCUUGAACGCUCCAAAUCCCAGAAGGCUGUACGCUCGUUGGAGUCGAUGCAUAUUCUUAAAGGAUGCUCAAGAUUUGCCAAUUGUAUGGGUGCUUGGACUCCUUACGCGGAUGGAGUGGCCGAUAUAUCACCAUUGGCAAGACUAGAAGAGCAUUCCACUGUUAAGAGUUCUCUGGGACUUGACAUAGACGAUUCUUCUGAGCAGAGAAGAGAAAAGUUGGCCAACAUCAGAUUCAAGGGAACCGGCUCCGGAGAAGUUGUAUCUGACCGACUCUAUGAUCAUUCGAAGCCAGUAAAACAGAAGAAGAGAGCAAAUGAAGAUUUAGAAGACGAUCGAAGGUCAAGAAUAAGGACGGAUAACAAGUACCGUUCUAUUGCACCAAUUCGCUAUGCGGAGUUCGAGAUUCAGGAACCUUUAGCUAGUGGAGACGAGGAACCGUCACAUGUAGUUGUGAAAUUAGUCGGAAAUGACGUAUUUGCUGGACUUCACGAACUUGCUGUCGAAGAGAAAGCGAAUGUGGUGGAUCCAGAAACUUUGCCUGGCUGGCUUACAGGUGAAGAGGGACUUAGUUGUGGAGUGGUGAAGAACGGGAAGUUCUCCCCAAUAUAA